CUCUGCCGUCAAUUUGCUGUCGUUGUCAAGUGUCUAUGUCACAAGCACGUUUUAACUUUAAGAAUUGUUUGGGUAUUCGGUUCAUACACGGUUUUCGCGUGAUACUAAGAAAUCUAACCUAGAAAAAGUAACAUAAUAUAUUUGUUAACGUGUUCAUAACAAAACAAUUUUAAUAUUACAAAAUGGUAGCGAUUAAAAACUUAAGUAAGAGUCCUAAAAAAGAAAAAAUAAAAGACACCCCAAAAAAAGUCAAGAAUCUUUCAAAGACAGUGAUUAAUCUUCCACAAGAGAAAUCGGAACAGCAAAUAAAUAGCAAAAAAACUGUUCUGAAAAAGAAAAAAGUCAAAUAUGUUUAUCCUUCAAAAGCUGUCACUGGAAUUAUUGUGGAUUCAUGUUUAAAUGCCCUACAAAAGUUAACAGAACAUCAUAAUACGAAGAAUGUAAUUUUUGGCGAUGAAAGCCCAAUAUUUUUGCAAAUUCGUUGCAUUAAAAUUCAGAAUGAUAAAGGAAACAUUAAAUUUACUCUACCAUAUAGUACAGUUGCUUCUUCAGGUGAAGUGUGUUUAAUAACACCUGAUUUAAAAAAAGGCAAGAAAGUUGACCAUGAACCAACAAUUGAACAUUGGGAAGAAAUAUUAAGAAAAGCAGGAGUAACUAGUGUAAAAACUAUAUUACCAAUGAGGCAGUUAAGAGUUGAAUAUGAUCAAUUUGAGUUACGUAGAAGACUUAUGACACAGCAUGACUACAUCAUGGUUGACACAAGAGUCCUAAAUCAUGUAUCACAUCUACUUGGAACAAUGUUUUUCAAGAAACACAACAUGUUAAUACCAGUUAAACUAAAUGAAAAUAAAGAUAUAAAAAAGAGUAUUGAUAUUGGCUUGCGCACAGCCAUGUUGCGACUGAGUGAAGGACCCAUCUCUACUAUAGUUGUCGGACAUACAGCUAUGCCUGCUGAACAAAUCAGGGAAAAUGUGCUUGCUAUAAUUAAACAAUUUUCUGAAAAAUAUCCAGGUGGAGAAGCAAAUAUAAGAUCUCUUUGCAUAAAGUUACCACUUUCAUUAUCCCUACCUCUGUAUAUGACGCUGCGUUCAUCAAAUUUGAUUUCUGCUCCAAAGAUAAAGAAAAGCCAACCUAAAGAAUAUCAGUUCUAUGAAGAUGAACUUUCUACUAUACCUGGAAGCAGAGUGAAGGUUGGACCAGAUGGCACAGUAUAUUUGAAAAAAAAUCUGGAAGGUGAUGCAGAAGAGAAAGACAGUGCAGAAGAAAUGGAAGAUGAUGAAGAGGAUGAAAAAUUAGAAGACUUAAGUGAAAAUGAUGAUGAAUAAAACUAUUAUAAAAAUUAUUGUAACAUGUAUAUUAAUAAAGGCUCACACUUACA